UUGAAUUUCAAUAAACAAUUAACUGUUGAGGAUAGAAGAAAGAGGAGAACACAUGGAGAAGAAUGAGUUUUCUGCUCAAGAUACGAUCUUGAGUGGCUUAACAAGUGUUCAUACUCUCAAAUUACGAAGUGGAUGAUCCCAUAUUGUUGGUAUCUGUAAAUAGUUUGUUCUUAGCGUUUAUGAAGGUGAACUUCUUGAUCACUAGAGGUCUCUUGCCAAGCCAAAGUCUAAUAACCACUGAUUCAGUCUUAAAUUAUUUGCAUCACUGGUGGUAUAUAAGUUGGAUGAUUAGUCUUCGCUAAAGAUUAGAUUUAAGUGAUCAAUAUCGAUAAUGAGGUUCAUUUUCCUGUCAUUUUGUUUCAUUGCUGCUGUUAAUUGUGCGUCUUCUUCUUCGGAACCAACAGUCACUAGUAUAGUUGAUUCUUCUUCGACCUACGAUUGGACUGAUGGAUGGCAGCAAGAGUUUCCAAUUCAUAAAUCUUGCAAUGAUACGCAAUUUAAUCAACUUGCGAAAGCUUUACAAGAGACUAAGGAGUUGGCUGCACAUGCUAGAGAUCAUACUGUAAGAUUUGGUAACGAAUCUAAAUUUUUCCGCAAAUACUUUGGUGAUGACUCUCCUUCUGGUGAGGUUAUUGGGAUCUUUGAUAAUGUUGUUCGUGCUGACAAAUCCGGUGUUUUGUUCCGUUGUGACGAUAUUGACAAUAACUGUCAAAAUGCCGGCUGGGCUGGUCACUGGAGAGGUGAAAAUGCCACCGAUCAAACUGUGAUUUGUGAUUUGUCGUACUCUUCAAGACAGUAUUUAUCUCAAAUUUGCUCUUUAGGUUUUACUGUUGCUAAUUCAAAAAAUUCUGUUUAUUGGGCAGCUGAUUUAUUACAUAGGGUUUGGCAUACGGAUAAACUAGGACAGGGUAUCGUUGGCCAUUACGCUGAUACUUAUAAAGAAUGCUUAGAUUUAGCUAAAAGCAAUUCUUCUGAAGCAGUUCGAAAUUCUGCUACUUUAAGAUAUUAUGCUUUAGACGUUUACGCUUAUGACAUAGCUGUUCCUGGUAAAGGUUGUACGGGUAAAUCCGAUCAUUCGGACUCGAAAGACUCCAACUCAGAGACCGCUACUAAGAGUGACAGUAAUGGUGGAACAGAAUGUCAUACUCAUUCUGAUGGUGAAACCCAUUGUGUGUAA